CGGGGCCGGACGAGGUGGCUGCGCGCGCUGGGCUGUACAGCUGCGAGCCCCGCGAUGGCUCCGGACAGCGGGCUCCUUCUCUGCGCCCCGCUUGCGCUACUGCUGCUGGCAAUGGCCCCGGACAGCGCCUCCCCGGCUGCUGCGUCCGAGGGAGCUUGUCUUCAAUACACAAACAAAACUUGUGAAGAGUGCCUGAAAAAUGUCUCAUGUCUCUGGUGCAGCAGCAACAAGAAAUGCAUGGAUUAUCCAGUUAAAAACCUUUUCCCUCCUCGUUCUCUCUGUGAGUUGAGUUCUGCACGCUGGGGAGUCUGCUGGGUGAACUUUGAAGCCUUGAUCAUCACAAUGUCUGUGGUAGGAGGAGUGAUCCUUGUUGCUCUCUGCAUCUGCUGCUACUGCUGUUGCAGAAAAAAGAAGAGCAAAAAGCCAGACAAAGAAGAUGAAAAAGCUGCCAGAGAGCGGGAACAGAGGAGAGUACGGCAAGAAGAGAGGAGAGCUGAGAUGAAAUCUCGACAUGAUGAAAUCCGGAAAAAAUAUGGCUUGUUUAAGGAAGAGAACCCUUACGCCAAAUUUGAAAACUAACUGGUCUUCCUAGAAAUACCACGCAACACCAAAGCUCCUCUACCUUUGCCAACUGGAGCUUUACAGUAUAGGCUUAGAGACUUUGUAUUCCAAACACCAAAAAAAUAAAAUUACUGAGAUGCUGCGAUAGCCUUAAAUUGC